CCGUCAUUGCUCAUUAUUCUCUCUUUCUCUCUCUCUCUCUCUCUCUCAAGGCAGGAUUGUUGAUAUUCGCUUCGCAUUUUCGAUUUCGAUUCUCGAAUCAGUUUAAACUCAUGGCGACUGUUACUGAUUCCGCGGUGAAUUCUCAGCUUCCGGCUGCCGGAGUUACCGCCGUGGAGCAGAAGAAGACGAAGGCUGCAAGGGAGGCGAAGGUAGCGAAAGCAGCUGCGCAGAAAAAGGCCAGAUCAUCUCCCUCGCAUCCUCCUUUUCUCCAGAUGAUUACAGAUGCAAUUGUGGCGUUGAAGGAGAGGACAGGGUCGAGCCAGUACGCGAUCACGAAAUUCAACGAGGAGAAGCACAAGCAGUUGCCGUCUAAUUUCAGGAAGCUUUUGCUGUUUCAUUUGAAGAAAUCUGUUGCUUCUGGUAAACUCGUGAAGGUCAAGAACUCAUUCAAGCUUGCUCCUACUCGCUCCGCUCCCGUCAAACCUGCUUCUGCUCCGGCAAAGAAGCCGGCCGCUGUGAAGCCGAAGAAAAACAAAUCAAAGGCUGCUAAGACCGCCGCGGCCAAGCCAAAA